UUUUCAGAGCUUCAGUCAAAAAGUGGAUUGAAAGUGUACAGAAUUCCUACAGAGUUACCUCCCGGAUUUAGACGAAAACAACCAAUCAGGUCCAACCUAUCAAAAAUUCAGUGGUAUUUCUUUUAGGGCCGCGUUCAUCAGAUAUAUAGCAUAAUUUGGAUAUAGUUGUCAUUCGUUUUAUCGAACUUCAAAAAGCAAACAACAUGUCAGGAAGAGGUAAAGGAGGAAAAGGUCUAGGUAAAGGAGGCGCCAAACGUCACAGGAAGGUGUUGCGUGAUAAUAUCCAAGGUAUCACCAAACCAGCAAUCCGUCGUUUAGCAAGACGAGGUGGUGUCAAACGUAUCUCUGGUCUUAUCUACGAAGAAACACGUGGUGUCUUGAAAGUCUUUUUGGAAAAUGUCAUCCGUGAUGCUGUCACAUACACUGAGCACGCAAAGAGGAAGACUGUCACCGCCAUGGAUGUUGUCUACGCCCUGAAACGUCAAGGCCGUACCCUUUACGGAUUCGGAGGUUCGUGCUUGGCCAAUUCACCGGGACGAGGAAAAGGAGGAAAAGCAAAAGCAAAGGCAAAGUCUAGGUCAUCCCGUGCCGGACUUCAGUUCCCAGUAGGUCGUAUCCACAGACUUUUGAGGAAAGGAAACUACGCCGAGAGAGUUGGUGCCGGAGCACCAGUCUACCUUGCCGCUGUCUUGGAAUACUUAGCAGCUGAGGUUUUGGAGUUGGCAGGAAAUGCUGCCCGUGACAACAAGAAGAGCAGAAUCAUCCCCCGUCAUCUCCAGUUGGCCAUCAGAAACGACGAAGAAUUGAACAAACUUCUCUCUGGUGUAACCAUUGCACAAGGUGGUGUUUUACCAAACAUCCAGGCUGUACUUCUGCCAAAGAAGACACAGAAAGCUGCCAAUUUCAAAGUAUUCUGUCGUGUAAUCGUAGAUUUUCACAGAGAACAUAUCGCAAUGGCUCGUACAAAGCAGACCGCCCGUAAAUCCACUGGAGGAAAAGCUCCAAGAAAACAACUUGCCACCAAGGCCGCCCGUAAGAGCGCACCUGCCACUGGUGGAGUAAAGAAGCCACAUAGAUACAGGCCAGGAACAGUCGCUCUUCGUGAGAUCAGAAGAUACCAGAAAAGUACUGAACUCCUCAUCAGGAAACUCCCCUUCCAGAGAUUAGUUCGUGAAAUUGCUCAAGACUUCAAGACUGAUCUACGUUUCCAGAGCUCUGCCGUUAUGGCCCUCCAGGAAGCCAGUGAAGCUUACCUCGUUGGUCUUUUCGAGGACACCAACUUGUGUGCAAUCCACGCCAAGAGAGUCACCAUCAUGCCCAAAGACAUCCAGUUGGCUCGCAGAAUCCGUGGAGAACUUGUCAUUCGUUUUAUCGAACUUCAAAAAGCAAACAACAUGUCAGGAAGAGGUAAAGGAGGAAAAGGUCUAGGUAAAGGAGGCGCCAAACGUCACAGGAAGGUGUUGCGUGAUAAUAUCCAAGGUAUCACCAAACCAGCAAUCCGUCGUUUAGCAAGACGAGGUGGUGUCAAACGUAUCUCUGGUCUUAUCUACGAAGAAACACGUGGUGUCUUGAAAGUCUUUUUGGAAAAUGUCAUCCGUGAUGCUGUCACAUACACUGAGCACGCAAAGAGGAAGACUGUCACCGCCAUGGAUGUUGUCUACGCCCUGAAACGUCAAGGCCGUACCCUUUACGGAUUCGGAGGUUAAACAGCCAGCUGAAAAAUACAAAUACAACGGCCCUUUUCAGGGCCACCAA